AUGACCACCGCAUGCAUCGCAGACACCCAUUACCUCUCCUCGCCCGAUUUUCUCGCCACCGUACUCCACUGCAUGUCGUGUCUCGAAGUGCCGAUUCUCUCGUUCGGCACCUAUUGCAUUGUGUUCAAAACGCCCACGCAAAUGCGAUCCGUCAAGUGGCUCAUGCUGAAUGUGCACUUUUGGAGUGCUCUCUACGCCGUCUCGCUCAGCGUCUUCUUCAUUCCGUACCUCCGUCUGCCCGCAAUGGCCGGCUACGGACUCGGACUCAUUGACGCUCCCGCACUGUGGCUCUACGUCUGUUUGACUCUUUUGGCAGGUGAACUUGAAAAUGCAAUACUGUUAUAGAAGAACUAACUAAGUCGGUUUAUUCAAGACGAUGUAUCUCGGCUGUCUGUAAAGAUGUCAAAUAGUUGUCAACAGAUAAAAGAUGUAAAAUCUCAUUUUGAAUAAUUCAUCAGUUGACAACUUUUUGAUAUCUCUUCACGCAACCGAGAUAUGUUGUUAUGAAUGAACACAAACAAUAGUUUUUCCAGCGUCUGGCGCCUCUGUCGUCGCCUGCUACGAGAACCGAUACUACGUUUUAUUCGCUCGAAACACGUGGUGGAGUCGAGCGAGAAAACCGGCAAUGACGGUCGUAUAUUGUCUGGUUCCACUCAUGUUCACGCCUCCGUACCUCAACAUUCCCGAGCAGGAAAGUGCUCGAAGGACUGUGCUCCGCGAGCUGCCGUGUCUUCCCGACUUCUCCUACUCUGAUCGUGAAAUGUUCGUGCUGACGCUCGACUACGGUACCCUCUUCUUGUGCCUGUUUGCGGCUGCGGGACUGCUCGGAUCACUCCUCAUUCUCUUCUUUUUCGCCAAUAUUUUCAACUUGUGGUUCGGAAAAAUGAUGUCGUUUUCGAUGAAGACUCAUCAUUUGCAGAGGAUGUUCACGUUGGCGCUCGCUUUUCAGGUAAAUGGUGGCCUAGAAAACUCUAUUGUGAGAACUCUUCCACGUGUUUACUAGGCAUGCAUCUUGCAUGAUUCAAAAGCAUUGUUCAUGAAGAUUCCAGAAAUAGCAUUCAUUUUCGGCUGAAUGAUUCUGCGUUUCGAGAAACAAAACUAUAUAUCUCAGUUGGAUAAAGAGAUAUCAAAAAGUUGUCAACGGAUAAAAUGUGCACAAUCUCUUUGCGAGCAUUUUAUCAGUUGACAGCUUUUUGAUAUGUUUACCGCCAACUGAGAUAAAUCGUCUUGAAUAUACAAUAUAAGGGGUACCCUUCUAUUACAGUAUCUACGUUGUGUUCUGGGCUCCAAAGAGCUGUUUCGUUUCUCUCAACUUUUAGAGCCAAUUAGUAAAAAUAGAAAGGAGUGUUGAAAUUUUCAUAAAACUUACAUAAGCGUCAAUUAUGUCUGGUCGCAAGAUCAUUUGGUGCAUCCGCAUAAAACAUCUAUUUUACCUUAUCUUUGGGGACUCUUAUCUAGAAAAUCAAGGAUAUUUGCAAAAAGUGUUCAACUGCAAAGUUGUUGCAAAUUUUGUGCUCAACAACUUUGUAGUUGAUUAUUUCAUCCCAAACCCUGUCACUUUUGAGUUAUAAUAGAUUUCAGUCGGCGUUCAUGCUGGUGAUAGUGGCCGCUCCGGUGUUCACAAUCCUCGCGAUAAUCGUCACGUGGCACCACGACCAGACGCUCAACAACGUCGCGUUCAUCACGCUCUCCUUCCACGGCGUCGGCACCACUCUCGUCAUGAUUAUGGUGCAUCGGCCGUAUCGAACGUUCGCUUUUUCUCCGUUCCGGCGCAAAUCGAAGAGAUUCUCUCCGGGCGGUCCGUUCUGA